AUUUUCUUCUCUUCCUCGACACGAAAAAAAAAACUCACAUUUUUCUUCCCCUGUAUCUUUUAAUAACUUUCACCAAACCCUAACCCUAGAAUUCAAAACAAAAAUUAUCUCUGUGCAAGGCAUUAUCAGCCAGUCUCGAUGGACGCAGAGCAGAGCGCUCUCUACGAAACGGCGUCGCAGCCGGACACCGGAACAGACGCGUACACAUUCCUCGAAUUCAACACACAAGGCGAAUCCGACUUCGAUUAUCCCGAAUUCCGUUCUCCGAUAACAUCAGCGUGGCCGACACCUUCAGAUUCUCUCGCGGCGGCCGCCGCCGCCGCAGCAACCUCUUCUUCUGCGUUGGAUCCCAUAGCAUCCGCCGCACCAGCAUCGUCGUCGUCUUCUGAUCACCACCACUCCGCUGCUGAUUCUCCCUCAGCGGCGGCGGCAGCAGGCUCUUCCCCUGGGAAGGGGUUGAGGAGUGGCGUGGAAGGGAUAGUGAGCGGAAUGGGAGGGUUGAAUUUUGAGGAGACGGUGGGAGAUGAGGAGGUAGGAGGAGGAGGAGGGGAUUACACGGAGCAUGCUUGUAGGUAUUGUGGGGUUACGAAUCCUGCUUGUGUUGUUAGGUGUAAUGUUCCUUCUUGUAGGAAGUGGUUUUGUAAUUCUAGAGGCAAUACCUCCGGUUCCCACAUUGUUAAUCACCUGGUCCGUGCAAAACACAAAGAAGUCUGUCUCCAUAAAGACAGUCCUCUAGGAGAAACUAUACUUGAAUGUUAUAAUUGUGGAUGCAGAAAUGUGUUCCUUCUUGGAUUUAUAUCAGCCAAGACAGAAAGUGUCGUCGUUCUCCUUUGUAGGGAACCUUGCUUGAACGUGAACGCAUUGAAGGACAUGAACUGGGAUCUGAGCCAAUGGUGCCCCCUCAUUGACGAUAGGUGUUUUCUACAGUGGCUUGUUAAGGUACCUACUGAACAGGAGCAGCUGAGGGCACGUCAAAUUAGUGCUCAGCAAAUAAAUAAAGUAGAAGAACUUUGGAAAACAAAUCCUGAUGCCUCCCUAGAAGAUCUCGAGAAACCUGGCAUUGAUGAUGAGCCCCAUCCUGUAGCAUUGAAGUAUGAAGACGCAUACCAGUAUCAAAAUGUAUUUGCCCCGCUGAUUAAGCUUGAGGCUGAUUAUGACAAGAUGAUGAAAGAAUCACAAAGCAAGGAUAAUGUUACUAUUCGAUGGGACAUUGGCCUUAACAAGAAGCGGAUUGCAUAUUUUGUCUUUCCGAAGGAGGACAAUGAAUUGCGUCUUGUACCUGGUGAUGAGUUGCGGCUGCGUUAUUCUGGUGAUGCUGCCCAUCCAGCAUGGCAGUCAGUUGGGCAUGUGAUCAAAUUAACUGCACAAGAGGAAGUAGCACUUGAGCUUCGUGCUAGUCAGGGAGUUCCCGUAGAUAUAAACCAUGGCCUCAGUGUUGAUUUUGUGUGGAAAAGUACAAGCUUUGAUCGGAUGCAAGGGGCAAUGAAAACUUUUGCUGUUGAUGAAACAAGUGUCAGUGGUUACAUAUACCACCAUCUGCUGGGUCAUGAGGUUGAAAAUCAAAAUGUUCGCAAUGCUCUUCCACGGCGUUUUGGUGCCCCUGGUCUUCCAGAGCUGAAUGCAUCUCAGGUUUUUGCUGUAAAGAGUGUUCUUCAAAGACCUAUAAGCUUGAUUCAAGGACCGCCUGGCACUGGAAAAACUGUUACCUCUGCUGCCAUUGUUUAUCACAUGGCUAAGCAGGGUCAGGGACAGGUUUUGGUAUGUGCACCUAGUAAUGUGGCUGUAGACCAACUAGCUGAGAAGAUAAGUGCCACUGGCUUAAAGGUUGUUCGACUAUGUGCAAAGUCGAGGGAAGCUGUAAGUUCUCCUGUUGAGCAUCUAACCCUUCACUAUCAGGUUAGACAUCUUGACACUUCUGAAAAGAGCGAACUUCACAAGUUGCAACAAUUGAAAGAUGAACAAGGGGAGCUGUCCAGCAGUGAUGAGAAAAAGUACAAAGCACUGAAGCGAGCAACAGAGAGGGAGAUUUCGCAAAGUGCUGAUGUUAUUUGUUGUACUUGUGUUGGUGCUGGAGAUCCUCGUCUUGCAAAUUUUAGGUUCCGCCAGGUACUUAUUGAUGAGUCUACUCAGGCGACAGAACCUGAGUGUCUUAUUCCCUUAGUGCUUGGGGCAAAGCAGGUUGUCCUUGUUGGAGACCAUUGCCAGCUUGGUCCAGUCAUUAUGUGCAAGAAAGCUGCUCGUGCUGGGCUCGCGCAGUCUCUUUUUGAACGCCUUGUUUUACUUGGCGUCAAACCAAUUAGAUUGCAGGUUCAAUAUCGCAUGCAUCCGUGCCUUUCAGAAUUUCCAUCUAACAGCUUUUAUGAAGGCACACUGCAAAAUGGAGUGACUGUCAAUGAGAGGCAGUCAUCGGGAAUCGAUUUUCCUUGGCCUGUGCCUAAUCGUCCCAUGUUCUUUUAUGUUCAGAUGGGACAAGAGGAAAUAAGUGCCAGUGGAACAUCUUAUCUAAAUCGUACUGAGGCAGCUAAUGUUGAAAAAAUUGUGACUACUUUCUUGAGAAGUGGUGUGGUGCCUAGUCAGAUUGGAGUGAUUACCCCAUACGAGGGGCAGAGAGCAUAUAUUGUGAACUAUAUGUCAAGAAAUGGUGCUCUUAGACAGCAACUGUAUAAAGAAAUUGAGGUUGCAAGCGUUGAUUCCUUCCAAGGAAGGGAAAAAGAUUACAUUAUUUUGUCCUGUGUUAGGAGUAAUGAACAUCAGGGUAUUGGGUUUCUUAAUGAUCCACGGAGGCUCAAUGUUGCUCUUACACGUGCUAGAUAUGGCAUUGUUAUUUUGGGAAACCCUAAAGUUCUGAGCAAACAACCUCUGUGGAAUAGCCUUCUGACACACUACAAGGAACAUGAAUGCUUGGUUGAAGGUCCUUUAAAUAACUUGAAGCAGAGUAUGGUUCAAUUUCAGAAGCCCAAGAAGAUCUAUAAUGAUAGGAGACUCUUCUUUGGUGGUGGCCCUGGAAUUGUUCCUAAUGACAGUGCUUCAUCCAGCCCAAGCUCUGAUAGAAGAAGCUCUCGUGGCAGAGGUUCAUUCAUACCACCUGGGCCGCCCAACGGUACUCAUAAGCCUAAUGCUCAUCCUACUGGGUUCCCAAUGUCUCGAGUUCCCAUUCCUCCAUUUCAUGGUGGUCCACUAUCCCAACCAUAUGCCAUUCCUACUCGCGGAGCUGUGCACGGGCCUGUUGGCGCUGUUCCUCAUGUUCCUCCACCAGGAAGUCGGGGUUUUGGUGCGGGGCGUGGGAAUACUGGUGCUCCCAUUGGCAGUCAUCUUCCACACCAGCAAAACACGCAGCAAACUAUUGGAAAUAUGGGAUCCACAUUUAACUUUCCUGCUUUUGAGAAUCCAAAUAGCCAGCCAUCUGCGGGCGGUCCACUGUCUCAGCCUGGAUAUGUCAAUAAUAUGCCAGUCCAAGGUCCAAGUCAAUCAUUCCGUGAUGGAUUUUCUAUGGGAGGCAUGUCUCAGGAUUUCCUGGGUGAUGACUUUAAAAGCCAGGGCUCACACGUUCCUUAUAAUGUUGCAGACUUCUCCACUCAGGUUUCACAAAGUGGAUACGCAGUUGACUAUGUUACACAGGGAGGACAGGGUGGGUUCCCAGGCAACUUCAUUAAUCAGAAUUCUCAAGCUGGAUUUUCUCGUUUUGGUUCUGGAAAUGAUUUCAUGUCCCAGGACUACAUGACUCAUGGAUCACAGGGCCUGUUCACUCAGAUCAACUUCAGUGAUCCUUCACAAGAUGAUGUGUCACAAUCUCACUUUGGCAUAGCCAAUGCAAACCCUCUCCAAUCCCAGGGCUUGAUGAACUCUCUCUACUCUCAGCCCUUUGCGCACUAUAACACCCAGCCACUAAACUUGCAGUCUACGCAGCAGCCUCCGCAAGGUCAAGGUUCCCAAAACCAGAAAAUGCACUACAAUGGUUGAGGGGCACGGAAGUUUUUUUUGGCCUUGAUGGGUUAUAAUCUUUUUGCCUUCAGCAUCUUGGUUUGUGCUGUCAUGUGUGCUCAUGUGUCUGCAAAAAAUGCAGACAAGAGUUUACCGUCUUUUUGAGGUCAGUAUCGAUACUCUUCAGAGUUUUUAAAGAUGACCUUGGAUGAUAAAGAAUAAAGGUCACAAAUUGCCAGUGGAUAUGGUAAGGGGUGCAUGAGCAGACGGAGGCAGCACAUCCAAGACUGAGAAAGAAACAGAUAACCCCGAUUGCCUGCUUGAAAAUUGUGUUUUGAAAAUGGUUAUAAUUGUUCCGAAGGAGCAUUACAUGGCAUGGAUGGUUUUGUCGGAAAGGGUUCGGAUGUGAAGAUGUGGGGAUUUAUUCUAUUUAAUAUACAAGGAAACCCCAUUAUUUGUACACAGCGUGACGGGGAAAGCCACCUAACCCUUUCAGGCUUGUCCUGACAUGUAAUUAUACUCUUGUUAUAAUCGGUUUGAUAAUGACGAUUUGUUAGGAAUGUUUUAUACUGCAACAACCGACGUCUUAUAGUUGGAUGGAGUUGUUGCAAGUGUGAAGUUGAUUGGGUUCCUUUUGUUUAGUGGACAUACCAUUGUUUUUAGCGGAACUCAAAAGGUUGAGAGGAUUGUACAUAUAUAUUAUUAUGGUGAUGGUUUUGGUUUACUAGAUUUUAUUA